CCCGAGAAGCGUCUACAAUCUAUCUCUUUCCGUGAGAAUGUAGUGCAGUUGGAACGUACAAUCGAUUGCAAUUGCAUUGGCGAUAUCAGUUUCGUAUCAAAUGUCAAAAUGUUGGCAACAAUAGCUAUUAUUAUAAUCAGUGUAUUUAUGCUCCUUUUUGCUAUCAACCACUUUUUCGGAAAUAAAGAUUUAUAUGAAAAAACUUCUCACAUCCCCGGACCACUAGCAUUUCCUCUAAUUGGGUCCGCAUAUCUUUUUAUUGGAGAUAUUUCAUCUACAAAUAUUUUGCAAAAAAUAUCCAAAGUCGUUUAUACUUAUGCCUCGCCAUGCCGAUUCAUAGUGGGCAUUAAUGUAUCGGUCCUCAUUCACGAACCAGAACACAUCAAAACAGUUCUUCUUAGCUCUAAAACUACUGAGAAGCACGCAAUUUAUGAUUUUGGUAAAGUUUGGAUAGGAAAUGGAUUAGUUACAGCACCACGAGAUGUUUGGCGUGUUCAUCGAAAAUUGAUUCAACCAGCAUUCGUUCCGAAAAUUCUGCAUUCAUUUGUAGCAAUUUUUCAAAAAACUUCCAUAUUAUUAGUAAAUGAAUGGGCCGGGCAAGUUGAUGGACCGGAAUUUGAAGUGUAUUCGUACCUCAUUUUUACAUCCUUCCGUAACAUUUGUGAAAGCUCACUGGGGAUGCCUGUAACAACCAAAACCAAACCUAUUGAACAAUAUAUAGAAGCAUGCGAAAGAGUAUUUGAAAUGGCAGCCCUCAGACCAACUAAACCUUGGCUUCAUUCAGAUACAAUUUUCAACAUGACCCCAAAAUCAAAAAUAUUCUAUGAAGCUGUAAAAUAUUUGAAAAGUUUCACAAUGAAUGUCAUUGAAGAGAGAAGGAAUUAUCUGAAAAGUGAAUCAUUUGGGAAUGAAGAUGAAAUAGAGAAAAAAACGUUUUUGGAUUUAAUGUUAGAAAUGGCAGACAAUGGACACUUCACUGACGAGGAAGUUCGUGAGCAUUCUGACACGAUGAUAACGGCUGGUUAUGAUACUGUAGCUCGCGUGAAUUGUUUCACACUGCUAAUGCUAGCUUCUCAUCCAGACAUACAAGCCGAGCGUACGCGGCCAUCAGAUCCUGGCCAUACUCGUUCUAUCAAACCGCGUGGUCAGAUAUUCCGUCGAGCUCCCGGUUCAACUCUUAAUACGAAGUCUCCCACUUUCACCGGAGUUACCUCGGUAUUCCACGUUGAUCGUGGCAACAGUGUAGGCAGAUACCCCCUUACCCAUCGAGAGCAAAACAUAUCAGACAAACUUUGA